UUGACGGUGAAAUGCAGCGAAAUUAGAUAUUUCUGUUAUUCUAAUCAGGUGAAUCAUAACUUUAUUAUCGUCCCCGUCGUGGUUAAACGUGCUGGAGACAGACAUGUGUCCUAAAACCCCAUUAAUUGUCCAAUAAGUCCACAACAACUGUUAGCAGUUUUUAUAGUUUUAGUAUCGUGGACUAAAUGACCUGGAGUCGGUCUCCUUCUUGUCUGGAGGAGUUUGUUUGUUUUACCGGUGUGGUGAGCUGAAGGCGGCGGAGCUAUAUUGCAGUUUCUUUUGCCAGAGACAUCUCAAACGAUGCCUUGACCACCUCCUUAUUGCUGAAGACUCCAGCAGAGAUGAGGAAUGGCAUAGAUCUACCAAAAGGCAGGCGGACGCACACACCUUCAGUGACUCCAAAAAACUUGAUGUCGCAAAUCAAAAACCACGAUAUAAUGCGAAUUUCCGACGCCUGACUUCACUCUCCACACAUCUGGAUACUAAAAUAACUUGACGUCCGUCUGCAAAAAAGUGUCAUCAGUCUUUCAGUAACGUGUGGGAAUUGAGUGAGAUACAUUGCAGCAACUCAACGCCUUGUAAUGAAGCUCCCUCGUUGACUCCUGCGGUCAUAUCUUAUCAUAUGGCAUCUUUUCUAAUGUGUUGACUCUUCAGCGAAGCACAAAGUCAGAACCACCCGACUCAGUGUCAGAGUUGAGGCUUCAACAAGGAACUGAGAUGAAGCCUAAGCGUCUGGAGACACCUGAUAACGGUGUGGAGUAUAUAGUGAUUGACGAUGAUACAGACAUGGAAAGUGACAGUGAAAAGGAGGAGGAUUCAGAUUCAAGCUCUGAAUCUGAUGAUGAAGAUGAGCCACUCUCCAAACAUAGUAACUUGUGUUCCGAUGAUCCAGAUUUGGACGAUGACUCAAGUUCAACUGAUUGUUCCAGUGACUCUUCAAAUAGUCUGCAUUCAAAAGAAACUGCAGCACCCCCUCCUCAUGUUAAUAGUUCAAUAUGUGCAGCCUGUGGUAGAGGACCCUUUAGGUCAAUGAAGCUCCAUUUGCUGCACUGCAGUGGUAUUAAGGUGAAAUAUGAGUGUUCACUGUGCAAGAAGCUCUUUGUAACGGAGGAUGCUCGUAAUGAACACUACAUGCCUUUGUAUUCAUGUAACAUCUGUGACCAAGUCUUUUCUCACGAGAGCUCGUACCAUCACCACCAGUGUCCCAAGGAAAGCAAGCCACCUUUGGUCUUCUUUUGUUCAGAGGCGAUGCCCAAAGCAUGUAACAUAUGUAAAUCAUUUUUCACUUCAGAGAAAACUUUGUUGAACCACAUCAACAGAGUUCACACCUCAGUGGUCAGCACUAAAAUAUGCAUUAUUACAGAUCCAUCAGCACUGACAAAUAAAAAGUUUUCACCAUCUCUGCGUGGCACAGCGGCCCAGUCGGCCCUCACUACAAAUGUAGUCAACCGGGUCUGUAAUGGAAAGCUCCACGUCGGCCAACCUUCUGCGGGGUCACUCUCCACUUCUGCAAAAACUAGCCCUUCCUCUUUCUCGACCUCACGCAGACUUCCUUCCCGGUUACUCGUGGCAUCUUCUGCUUCACCUGUCAGACUGGAGGAGGACGAUGCCCUAGGCGAGCCAACCAACCAGCCUCCAGCUUGCCUCUCUGCCCCCGCUGAGACAACUCCAGCCACUGCGACCUCUGACCCCGACUCCCCACCAGCACCCACUAUCAUGGCCAUGUUUGAGCACGACAGCCAAGAUGCGGCUUCGAUGAAACGCAUGAAGACAGGCUGGCGCUCCAAGGUCCCUUACUCCUGCAGGCAGUGUGGUGCCGUCCUGAGGCAGCCCUCCUUCAUCAUCAGCCACCGCUACCUCCACAGAGGCUACCGCUCUCACCGGUGCCAGUGUGGACGAGCUUUUAGGCACCGGCUGCAUCUCCUGCGCCAUUGUGUUGAGCAUGCUGAGGCCAUGAGCUACAUCUGCGUCAGUUGUGGGGAGACUUUCAUUGGAGCGAGACUCUUAGCUGAGCACAUGAAAGGCAAACCACAGAAUAAGUCCCAUAUAUCUGGGCAUACAUGGAAACAUGAAAAUAAAAGAAAGUGCAGAAUGGCCUUUACAUGUGACUGUGGACAACUGUUUUUAAGGCCCUCUGCUUACAUAUGGCAUCAACUUCAAAACUGGACAAAAACUACACAAUUGAAAAAGCCCUCGAGCUGACAAACCAUCAACCCAUGUCUGGUUUACUCAGUUCUGAGGUUCUCUUCUCCAACUUUGUAAAUUAAAGUGUAAUAAUAAAAUUGACAUUUUUUACAUCA